CUCCUUGCAGAGUCGACGUCUCCGUGCGCUAGCUUUGCGGCUGACGUGCCCCUCUUAAAAACAGCUACGUUCGCCUUUUUUCUUGUACAUUUCCUCUUCUGCGUCUCGCAGUGCCUCUUUUCGUUAUCGUAAGCUUAUAGAUAACGCGCUCGUGCUAAUCACUCUAAUUAAAUACGCCUCGGCCUGCGGCUUGUGGGAUUGUGGCCCCAGAGCUUGGAACUUUUCUCGUACCACGCGUGGAGGGGAGAGGGGGGAGAGGGGGAAUUUGUCACUUUUUUCUUUGAGUCUGUAUUUACUGCUUUUCUUGAGUGCCUCUUAGGUAUCGCCAUUUCCUUUGUGAUAAUGAGCCCGAUAAAUUGACGGGCAGACGAAAGCACCUCUAAAUCCCUUAUCAAUCUUCUCGUUUCCUUUCUUUCUUUCGUUCGUUCCUUCUAUUUUUUUUUUCUUUUCCUAAUGCGAGGCUUUGCCACUCGGACGCUUAUCGCGCUCUACCGCUCUUGUUGCUUGUUUCAGACUAGGCCGGUCUGCAUGUUCUCGGAUGCCUGGGAUGCGCAGUUGCCGCUCGCCUAAUUAAGGCAGCACCGCGAUCCCGUUCUCUUGCCUACUUCUUCGGAGUGUCGAGGAGGCGUCAAGUUUUCCGGAACGGCUACUCCGCCGUCCUCAGCCGGCGGCCUCUCUGCGCACACGCCCUUUACAAGGCUACGGCGUCGGAUCGAGCCAGAUGUCUCCGACCUCGUGACAGCAAAUACGUCGGUGCCUAAAUGAGUCAGCCGUGAUUGGCUGUUCUAUGCGUAGCCAUCUGGUGAUCUGCCUUGCUUUCGGAGAGCUCCGGAAGGAAAUUUCAUCAUGGUGCAGUUUCUUGAAGCCUUCUCAACAUGCUAGAACUGCUGCAUCGUCAUGACGUAACUGAGCCAUGGAAGCCCCCCAGCGUAGCAUGGACACGGGCCAGCAGCCUGCUGUAGUGGCCAGCAUGACUCCCGAAGACUGUCCAGCGUCCGGCGCUGAGCGUGGUGACAAGUCGGCCGACGGUGGAAGUCCCCCGAGCCAGCAGUUUAAAGAAGAUCCGGCCGACGCGUCGGACCAGAGCUCUUCCCUCAGCGAUGUGGAAACAUUCAACGGCAAGAUUGUGUACAACCCGGACGGAUCGGCUUUCAUCAUCGAAACUGCGACCGCGGGGGACUCAGAUGGUGUCAGCGACGAAGACUGCAGCUUGGACCUCCCCCACCAAGAAGGCAGCAUUGUCGACGGUCCAGGUGUCACGCCGCCUCCGAUCAUUCCGCAAGUGGUCAACGCGUUCCAUAUUUCGCGCAAUCCCGCCCUCUAUAGUGCUCUCUAUGGCCAAGCAUAUAGUCUCUUGCAAGAAAAGAAGAAAGUUCCUGAAGUCCCUAUUAUGCACAGCUAUCGCGUCUUUUCGGUGCGGGACCAGAAGAAUAAGGACGAUAAAGGAGCCACAGAAGAUGGCAUGGACGGUGCAGCCGACGAGAAGAAAGCCCCACGGCCGCCGGGCUGGAGUACUCUUUUGAACACGAACCUCCCGCUCAUGGAACAUCCGUCGGUGCCCAUCAAGCCUAUUCUUAUGUGCUUUAUCUGCAAGCUGUCUUUCGGUUUUACUAAGUCAUUUGUAGGCCACGCGAUUGGCGAGCAUGGUAUCACGUUGACGGACGAGGAACGCCAUAUGAUGAACCAGAAGAAUAUUUCGGCCAUCAUUCAGGGGGUGGGAAAGGACAAAGAGCCCCUGCUGUCUUUUCUCGAGCCCCUUCCCGCACAAGGCGCCGGCGGCCCGUGCGGCAGCGGAAAGUUUCAAGCCAAGAACCCGAUCGCCAGUAGCUCGUCUUCAAGUUCAUUGGCGCCAGCGGAGGCAGGCGUCGGCCCGCUUCUUAGCGUGAACACUAAUGGCCCCGAGACUCCGUCGGCCCAAGAAGCUCGCAAAAGUCCUCAAGCACCUGUGCUGACGCCGCCCAGCUCUUCGAACGCCAGUCAUCGACCAGACGAAACGUUGGCGCCAGAGCUUGAGGACUUGGCGAAUAUUGAAAAAAUAGCCAAGGCGGCUGCAGCUGCCGCUGCAGUCGUUGAGAACCCUCCUGUAGCGGCAGCAACCGCAGAAAAGGUGACACCUGUGACCCUGCCGACCAGCACUGAACCUCCACCGCGAAUUUCGCCGCCGUCAGCUGAGCGACCAAUGAGCGCGGGCAGCUCGUCCUCUCCGGGUGUGUCGCCCAAGCUUCUGCCGCAACCACCGUUUCUGAAUGCUUGCGCUUCACCAGUGAUGGCCUGCCCACAACACCCUGAUGGCAAGACCAAUGGCGUGGAAUGUCCUAAGUGCGACACGGUCCUUGGAUCAUCGCGUUCCCUCGGUGGCCAUAUGACAAUGAUGCACUCCCGUAAUUCUUGCAAGACACUUAAGUGUCCCAAGUGCAACUGGCACUACAAGUACCAAGAAACACUCGAGAUCCAUAUGAAAGAGAAACAUCCCGAGAACGAACUGAACUGCAUCUACUGCUUGACCAGCCAACCGCACCCGCGGCUAGCUCGAGGCGAAACAUACACAUGCGGCUACAAGCCAUACCGCUGCGAGGUCUGCAAUUACUCGACGACCACCAAGGGCAACCUGAGCAUCCACAUGCAGUCCGACAAGCACAUCAACAACAUUCAGGAGCUCCAGAACGGCAACUUGCAGGCCACACCCGAGCAGCUCCUCCAGCAGCAGCAGCCGCCGCAGCAGCAGCAGCCUCCGGCGCUUCCGGAGGCCGUCAAGAAGCCCGGGCCAGCGGCCAAACCCAAGGCGACGUGGCGGUGCGACGUGUGCAACUACGAGACGAACGUGGCGCGGAACCUGCGCAUCCACAUGACCAGCGAGAAGCACACGCACAACAUGAUGGUCCUGCAGCAGAACGUUAAGCACAUGCAACAGCUGAGCGCUCUGCAGCAGGCCCAGGCCCUGGACCCGCUGUUCCAGUUCCACCCGGGCCUCUUGCUGCCCUGCGACGGCCAGCUGCAACCGGAGGCGGCGCUCGCGGACAUGGCUUACAACCAUGCCUUGCUCAUGAUGGCCUCCCAGCAGCACCAGCAGCAGCAGGCCCUGGCCGCGGCCGCCGCGGGCUCGCCGCUCGCCUCGCCUACAAUGGACAUGGAGCACCCGGACCCGACGCUGCGCCUAGAGCUCUCGACCGACGACACGUCGCAGCUGUUCCAAUGCUGUGUCUGCGGUUUGUUUUCAGUGGACUCGGUGGAGGCCCUCGGGGCCCACUUCCAACAGGACCGCACGCGGCAGCGCGAAGACGAAGUCCUCAUGGCGGUGGCCGGCAGCUACGUCUGCAAACUAUGUUCCUACAAGACCAACCUGAGGGCCAACUUCCAGCUCCACUGCAAAACGGACAAGCACCUGCAGAGGCUGCAGCACGUGAACCAUAUAAAGGAGGGCGGCCCGCGCAACGACUGGAAGCUCAAGUACGUCAACGUCAGCAACCCCGUCCAGGUGCGCUGCAAUGCGUGCGACUACUACACCAAUUCGGUGCACAAGCUCCAGCUGCACGCGGCCAGCGCCAGGCACGACCUGGUGGCCAGGCUCUUUCUCUUCCUCGUGGCAGCCGAGACGAACCUGCGCGGCGACGUGGCGCGCCACUACCAGUGCACGGCCUGCGGCUUUCACUCGCGAACCCGCAGUGGCCUCUUGGGGCACGCGCACUCGCUGCGCCACUUGCAGCAGACGCGUGCCAAGGACGAGAGCUCGGUCGGCGAAUCCUGGAAGGACAUCUUCCUCGUCAAGGAGUACGCGGGCAAUGAGCAUGUCAGCUUCGACGUCGACGUCGAGAACAAAGGUACGGAAGCAAUGGAAGUGGACCUACCACCCCCAGUUUUGCCUGCGGAAGAUAGAGAAGCAGCUAACAAGUCAGGAGGUCCGUCAAGUCCAGGUUCAAUGCUAAAGCAAGCCUUACUCGAAAACGCCGCCAAAGCCGAAGCUGCUGCGAGUUCUCAUCGCUCCGAGGAAGAGAAAGCCAGCGAGGGACACAAAUGCAAAUUGUGCAACUUCACUGCCAAGAGCCAGACGCUGCUACACGCGCACGUAUCGUCUCAGCAUUCCUCCCAACAUCAUGCUCAGCAACAGCCUAAGUCGGUGCAGUGUCCGCUCUGCCAGGAGCAAUUCAAAGCAUUGAACAAAAUUGAGUCACAUCUCGUGGAGAUACACAACGUAACAUCUGAAGGAAUGCAACGACUUCUCGCUCUUGUCGACACAUCUGUUUGGGCGUCAACCGCAACGGCAGUGAAACAGGGCAAGCACCCGAACACAAAGCAUAACGCAUUACCAACAUCCAAUGAGGAUUCUGACAGUGCUGAUGCUGACUGCCAAGCGACUGAUUCGGAAAACAAGGAUAAAAUGGCGUUUGACGACUGCUUGUCGAUUGAAGACCUCACGUGUGGCGCCUGCGGUAAAAGUUUCAGCAUUCUGGAGGAGCUGUUCAGCCACCAGACCGAGACAGGCCACUUGGAACUGAAGCAGACUCCUCGAGGUCCUGGCUAUCUGUGUUGGAAGAAAGCGUGCAAUCAGUAUUUCAUGACACCGCAAGCAGUGCAGGUUCAUUUCAAGGAAAUUCACUCACGGCGAUCACAACAGCAGCAGCUUCAGCACCAACUGGCUGUUUCUGAGCGGCACGUGUACAAGUACAGAUGUAAUCAAUGUAGUUUGGCCUUCAAGACGCUGGAGAAGUUACAGCUCCACUCCCAGUACCAUGUCAUUCGAGCGGCCACGCAAUGCGUGCUGUGCGGGAGAAGCUUCCGCUCUGUCGCUGCGCUCCAGAAACAUGUGGAGACGUCGCACAUAGAUAUGACGCCGGAAGAACUGGAGCAGUACAAGACCAGCCUAGUUAACAACCCUUUGCUCACGAGUGGCGGCGGCGCGGUAUUGGACCCGCAGACGACGGAAUUACUAAAGAAAGAAAGCAACCGCGAAGAAGACGCACCGCUGGACGAGGAAAUGGACACUGAUGAUGGAGUUCAAAUAAACGAAAACGACGGCAGCGUUGAACCUAUGGACACGAGUGUACAAGGUCUUGGCGAAGGAGGUACCUUGAAGGAACAAUUCUUUGAAGAUUACAUUAACAGUCAAGCCAUUGCUGAAGACAGCUACAAUGAUCCUGCUAGAAAGUACAAGUGUCACCGAUGUAAAGUUGCAUUCACUCGCCAAAGCUAUCUAACAAGUCACAACAAGACAUUGCUUCACCGAAAAGGGGAAAAACUAAGCUACCCUAUGGAAAAGUAUUUGGACCCUAACCGACCCUAUAAAUGCGACAUCUGCAAAGAGUCUUUUACUCAGAAGAACAUCCUUUUAGUGCAUUAUAAUUCCGUGUCUCACUUGCACAAGUUGAAGCUGAGUCUGAAAGAUGGGAGUAGUCCAGCUCCAACUUUGUUGCCAAGCUCUGCUAAUGUUACACCACUAACAGUUGCGCCAAGUAAUUGCAGUAACAGCGUGACAUCUCAGACAGCCAACGCUCCACCUCAGUCACCAACGUUGUCUCAAGUGAUGGCACACUCUCCAACCAAUAACAACAACAACGACUCAGAGAAGAAGCCAUUCAAAUGCAACAUUUGCAAGGUAGCUUACACUCAAGGCUCCACUUUGGACAUCCACAUGAGAUCUGUGCUUCAUCAAACCAGAGCAUCGAAACUACAUGAACUCGCCAUGACAGGUCAAGUCGAUUUAAGCUCGCCUCUUAUAGAAAAGCCGGAAUCUGGAGUCGCUGUUCAGUCUGAUUCACCACAACCCUCCCAACAAAAAUGUUUGUCAGACAUGCUGUCUGCAAGUAAGCCUCCACAACAAGCGCCAGAACUUCCGCAGAAGAAGCCCGAAUUAUCGUCACAAAAUCUGUCCCAUGGGCACUCAGCGCCUUCAACUCCAGUGCCUGCUAGCACAUCUACGACACCGACUUCACAGGACCAUUCAGAAGGCGGCUGUUUGCACCACGUCAUCACGUCAAAUGUCUCGCACCUUGGUCAACAGCCAGUGUUACUCUCAUCACAAAUAUCAUCUACACAGGGAAUGGUGACAUGUAACCGCUGCAGUGCAAUUUUAAUGUCACAGGAAGCACUCGUUCAACAUCAGCAGUUGUAUUGUGUCGCUACGUCAGUAGCCCAGUCUACGUCCCCUUUGGUGGUCACGCAGAAGCAUCAAGUACACAGCCAUCAUCAUCAGCACCAUACAUCUCAACAAAUGAUGCCGGAGAAUCAGUUGAACAAUCCUCAGCUUCAGGCUGCUGCCACAGCGACGCAACAAUUACUUCGUUUGAGGUCACCAUACCCGCGGUCCAAGCCUCCUAUGUAUAAACAUCUACUAGAAGGCUUCGGCUUCGACGUUGUAAUGCAGUUCAAUGAAUUUAACCAGAAGCGCAUGAGAAGGGACGCCGAAAAGCGGGAGCAAAUUCUUCAACAGCAGCAGCAACAGCAGCAGCCUAAGGAAGAAUCGGACAAACCUACAUCUCCGAACGUGGAAGCUGUACAAGUGAAGAAAGAAGCUGAAGAGGUUGAACCAGAGAAAGAGAACACAAUGCCAGAAAUCAACCGUUCGGUGUGCAACCUCUGCCAGAAGGAGUUUUCCAGUAUCUGGGUGCUGAAGGCUCACAGGGAAGAAGUCCAUCAUGACAUAGUGCCCCUAGACUUCGUGUCCAAGCUUGCAGACGACUUCCGGACGGAGUACGACAAGAAGAAUGCGUCGCAGGUUCCCACGGAGGAGGGUAUGCUGGACCUUGCAAGCAGCCAGGCCGCAGGCGGCCAGGCCGAUGGGGCUUCGCCGGGUGCAGCCGUGGGCGUCUCGACGGUGGGUGUGGGAGGCAACGGUGGCAGCAAUGGUGCUGGAGGCGGUAGCGGUAACACCAACAGCAGCGGAAACAAUGCUGCAGGCCACUCUCCGCAGCUCCCAACACCUGCCUCGGCAACACCACCGGUAUCACUGUCGGUGGCCCCGCAAGCGAGCCAGCAGCAGCCAGUGUCCGAAGCGUCCACUGUGACGGCCAACCAAAUGGCAGCUCAACUACAAUUCAAUCAGCUGCUCAUGAGCAUGGGCUUAGGCAUGGGGCUACCGAUGGGAAUGAACAUGCCCUUUGCAGCAGCCAUGAACAUGCAUCCGCCGCUGAUUCCUGUGGUCAUGCCACCUCAUAUGGAUCCACUCAUAACGUCCGCCUUCAACCACCCCAUGAUGCCAGGAGCCAUGGAUCCUAGCUUUUUUGCUGCCCAACAAAAGCUGCUCCAGCAACAACAUCAGCAAAUGGCGCAGGCACAGCAGCAAGCUCAACAGCAAAAGCGGGCCCGUACUCGUAUCAGCGAUGAACAGCUGCGCAUCUUGCGGGCCUACUUCGACAUCAACAACUCUCCAACCGAGGAGCAACUGAUGGAGAUGUCCGAGAAGUCUGGCCUGCCUCUCAAGGUCAUCAAGCACUGGUUCCGCAAUACCCUCUUCAAGGAGCGCCAGCGUAACAAGGACUCGCCGUACAACUUCAACAACCCUCCGUCUACAUACCUUAACCUCGAAGAGUACGAGAAGACGGGUGAGGCCAAGGUGAUCGCGCUGUCCGAGAAGAACAACAACGCUGACGAUGGCAGCAUCUCUACUGUAAAGCCGGUGCAUCCGUCCACUGCCAGUAAGGAGGCACCCACAUCAUCAACGAAGACAACAACACCGUCUGAGGCUCCCCUCAAGAAGGAUGCCAUCAAAGAGGAGGCGCGCAUUGAGGCUGCCAGCACGGAUACGCAAGAUAGUGUCGCAUCUUCUAACGUGACACAAAACGGGGAGGGCGUCCUUUUAACACCAAAGGUGGAGGCACCCGCUUUGCAACCGCAGCACAACAGCGGUGGCAGCAGCAGCAGCAGCAGCGGCGGCAAGUCCGAGUUCCUGAGCUCCCUGACGUCUCGGCUGUCCGUAGAUCCGCCACUAGACAUGACGUCUCCGGUUCAUCAUGGCUUCUUGCUGGGCACGCCGCCGCCACCCCUGCUGGAGCGGUCCUCGAGCACGACGCCUACGCCGAUGACGUCGACGCCUUCGGCCGGAUCUUCCGGGAAGCGGGCCAACCGGACCAGGUUCACAGACUAUCAGAUAAAGGUGCUUCAGGAGUUCUUUGAGACGAACGCCUACCCCAAGGACGACGACCUCGAGUACCUAUCCAAGCUUUUGAACUUGAGUCCGCGCGUCAUCGUCGUCUGGUUCCAGAAUGCCCGUCAGAAGGCCCGAAAAGUGUACGAGAACCAGCCGCCUUCAGCACCGGAGGAUGACGGCUCGGGGAGGUUUCAGAGGACGCCAGGACUCAACUACCAAUGCAAAAAGUGUUUACAAGUGUUUCAGCGUUACUAUGAGCUUAUCAAGCACCAGAAGACUUCCUGCUUCAAGGACGAAAACCCACUGGCGGUUCAGCUCAAGGCUGCUGCGACUGGCAGUGGGACUGGAACGGGCAGCAGUGGUGGUGGUGGCAGUGGUGACGAUCGAAGCAUGGUCAGCGCCUCGAACCCUUCAUCUCCAAGGACUCCAGAGCCGCAGUGCAAAAGUCCGCAGAACGGCUCUUACCGAUGUGACAAGUGUAGUCUGGUGUUUCCGCGGUUCGACCUGUGGCGUGAGCAUCAAAUUGUGCACAUAAUGAACCCUAAUUUGUUCCCGAACUAUCCACCAAAUUCUUCGUUCGGCAUUCUGCAGUACGAGGGACAACAGCAGCAGCAGCUUGCUCUUCAGUCACCGCCGCCGCAACAGCAGCAGCCGUGGAAGCGUAAGCUAGAAGAAGACCAGCCACAGCAGCUACAGCAGCAAGACAAGGACCUGGCAGGCGACCCACCACGCGACAAGCGACUCCGGACCACUAUAUUGCCGGAGCAACUUGACUAUCUUUACCAAAAGUACCAGAUGGAAAGCAACCCGAGCCGCAAGAUGCUCGAGAACAUUGCGCGUGAUGUGGGCCUCAAGAAGCGUGUCGUGCAGGUGUGGUUCCAAAAUACGCGGGCGCGGGAACGUAAAGGCCAGUUCAGGGCGCACCAGCAAGUAAUCCACAAGCGGUGCCCUUUCUGCCGCGCUCUGUUCAAGGCUAGGUCGGCGCUGGAGUCCCACUUAGCGACUCGGCACGCAGACCUGUACAGCAAGGGCGAGCUCAAUAUUGACUCGUUCCCAGAUGGUGACGCGGACUCCAACCCAGGAACACCGACCAGCAGCGCUUCCGAGGAAAGCAAAGCCAUCUCGCCCUCUGCGGGUUCGGAUCUGGUCCACAGCACCAUGAAGAAGUACUAUGAAGACUCGCUCAAGAAGUACCUGGACGAGAUGACCGGAGCGCCGACAGACCUCAGUGUCAAGCCCAAGGCGAACAAGGCAGAUGUUAGUGGCGGCGAGGCCCCCCUAGACCUGAGCAAGCCGUUCCGCCUGGACUCGGAUAGGUCCGGUGACCACUUGUCGGUCAGCGAGAAGAGCAUGGACCUGCGGAUCGGCGUCUCCGACGACGCGCGCUCCGAGACCCACUCCGAGUCCACAGAUAAUAUGGACGGCGACGAUUCGUUCUUCGAGUCCAACCCCACGUCGCCUCUAGGGCUUCACGGUGCAGGGGGGCAGCAACCGUCACGCCCAGUCUCGGGCUCUGGAAAGAGGUUCCGCACCCAGAUGACCACCGUCCAGCUGAAGGUGAUGAAGUCCAUCUUUGCCGACUACAAGACACCCUCCAUGGCCGAAUGUGAAAUGCUGGGCCGAGAAAUCGGACUGCCCAAGCGGGUCGUCCAAGUGUGGUUCCAGAACGCCCGCGCCAAAGAGAAAAAGUCCAAGCUUGCCUUCGCCAAGACCUUUGGCCAAGAAAUCGAGCCUCCGAAGCCUCCGGAGGAGUGCUCGCUGUGUUCAGUCAAGUAUAACCACCAGUUCAGCAACACCUCGAUGCAGGACCACCUUUUCUCCAAGCGGCACAUUGACGCACUGCGCAACCACAUCGACAACAUCAAGAAGAUGACCGACGACGGCGCUCCUGAACGCUCCGCUGACGCCGACAAGGCACCCAGCCUGGUGCAGCAGCUGCAGAUGCUGGGCCAGGGGCUUCCGGCCAGCUUCGCGCUGCCGUCUCCCAAGGAGGACGCCAAGAAGGGCGACGAGCCUAAGAAGGACGACGCACCGCCGCCGCCGCCGCCCGACUCCCUGGCGCCGUACCUUUACGCGGCCGGCCUGCCGGGAUACUACCCGACCGCGGCCGGCGUGCCCAGCGCCUUCAUCCACCCCACCUUGUUCUCAGCGGCGGCCAACAGCGCGGCUGCGCCCUUCUACGACGCGGCAGGCGGCAUGUACGGGGGCACGCCGCUGUCGCUGCUGGCGCUGCCGGCGUCGUGCGUGCCUGACGUGAGCGCCAAGGCGGCCCUGCCGGCGGCCGCCGUGGCGCGAGUGUCCCCGGAGCCCGGACCGGGGUCCCGCGACGAGCUGCGGCGGCUCGUGUCCGAGCCGGACCUGCUGCUCGCCUCCGAGGUGGACGUGGACGUGGGAUUCGUUUGCAAGAAGUGCCAGCUCGUGUUCCCUGCCGAACCGCUGGUGGUGGCGCACCAGCGCGCCGCGUGCUUCGCGGCCGGCAAGCCGCCCAACGUGGGCGCCGACUUCAAGCCUUUCCUCAGACUGGUACAGCGCGCGUGGGAGUGCCGUCGCUGCCGCGACCGGCUUCACACAGCGCGCGAGUUCAAGUUCCACUGCGACAGCGAGCGCCACUGCGGCAAGAGCCCCAACAAGGCGUCCGAGGCCGGCAACAACUAGCAACGCGCCACCCGACCGCCGCCGGCCCGCCGGACGACGACGCCGUGCGACGCGCACGGGUCUGCUGGUGUCGCUGCAAGUGGCGCCAACACGUAGAGCUAGUGGCGGCGCGCCGAGUCCCAUCGUCUGUUUCCCUCUGCUACAAAGUAAUGGGCGCUCUAGGUGUGUUGUCUAUAAACGAUGACUCCCUACUUGUGUUCAAGGAAGAGAACGUAGAACGAGCGUGUACCCCGCAGUUGUACAAAACGCGUAUCCAGUGGAAAGACGACUUCCUGGCUCUAAACGGGUAACGUCGUUUUCUUCCUUGCCUUUCUGUUGUGAAAAAUCUCUUUUCCAAGUGUUCGUGCUUUGUUUGUGGCGAUUUUUGCGAAAGGAAAACAGAGAGUCACUUUGUUCCCCAGUGCACUGCAUCGAGAGAUAUCGCUGUCUAAAUUAGCCUGUGAAAGAAAAAAAAAAUAACCAAGUGCGGCACACGUGCGAGUGAUUGUGUAUUUCGGUGUGCAUACGCGUGUGAUGGUGGUGGCGUCUCGCAGGGAACGUUUUGUGCAUUACCUUUGAUGCAGGCUUUUCCAGCGCCUGCGCGCGCCCUCUGGCGCGACCCACGGCAACAAACGAGAGGCUGCCUUCCCGCGCGUUCUCGUUCGUGCGCAUGCCAGUGUACGUUGAUCGCGGAGCAACACUUGCCGACUACCUCCAAGUAUCGUGUGUUCGUGCGUGCAUGUCCGUGAGCCUGCCCUUGCUGUGUGUGUUGAGCAGCGACAUCUAAUUUGUUAGAACGAAAGCCGGCAUGUGGAAUCGCGAGAUGUCCUGUUUCUUUUCUUGCUAACUUUUACCACUUCUGACGGCAACUUUUCGUCUUUGUUCAUUUAUUGCUGGCGUGUUUUGCCCCGCGAGGGCCCCCCCGCGUUUUUAGGUGUGUACAAAGCCACGGUGAUAUGUUGAAUCAAGCGUUGGUUCGAAACUUUUGCAAUAACUUUUUCGCGACAAGUAGUUGCUAGAAGCAGCUCGGCCUGCCCUGUUUGCGGGUCUGAGUCGUUAGCAGUUCCACUCAUUGACGGUCCGGCGCGCACACUGCGAACGGGUCGGAAGUGGCUGGACGCUCGUACAUGGUUCCUAUCUAUUGCGAAAUGCACUGUUACGUGUGAGCAGCAUUUCGAAAGGCGAAAGCAAAAUCACUGGUCAAGAGGUACAGUUCUCCGCGUCGCUUACAAGCUCCGCUCCCUUUCUCACGUCGGCUGUGAUAACAAGUCGAGCGUGAUUGUAUUUGAAGCAGAAAAUAAUUAUGCUUCAGUUGCGCAUUACUGCCGUGGAGCUCGGAUGCAUGAGGGUUCGAGUCGGACACCUGACUUUUUUUUCUGCAGGUCCUAAACAAAAUUUGUAAAUAAAACGUUUCAAAAACAGGUAGUGACUCUGAAAACGCUGGAAUUAAAUUUUUUUCACUUAUUCGUUAGAUAAAGUUUGAGCAAGCAAAUAAUUCGUGUGUAGAGUUGACGCUCCAUUUUUUUAUUGACUUCGCUCAACUACUUGCUCCCUGGUCAACUGCGGGCAACACUGUCUGUAGUGUGGCAUUAGAGGCACUUGACCCUGGCGAAAGGAGCAGAGCUGGUAAGCCCGAGAACUUCCCUUGAGGUCGGCAGACAAACAAGCAAAAGCAAAAUAUAUAGUAUAUAUAAAUAUAUAUACAAGCACAUUAAUUGUGCUGAUGACAGUUCCUAACUCAAAAAAAAAAAUGCAUACUGCGUUUUUGUAUGUCCACAUAUUGUGAUUAUGUUUGAAGCGAGCAGAGGUGUGAUUCUCCUGUUGUUAUCGAAAGGAUGGACCUGUUUAUACGUGCCGCGUUGCAUCCUGGGACAAGCUAAAAAAAAUACACACUCGUGGAUCCCCAGUCCUUGUAGAGGCAAUGCAAAAGCGCGUUGAAAACCUUGCACCACAAUGACGUCACAGUGAAGCGCGUCCCCUCCCGCGUCCACUCGCGCGGCAAGCCCGAGCAACAGUUUCAGCGUGCGAUCACAUGACACGACGUUCGCGCCGUCUGUCUGGUGAACUGCUCGCCACGCGAAGCAGCGCAUUGCAAUGGCCGACACUCACCGGCGAUUUCAGUUGCCGUGUUUCAAGAGUGUCCAUUCGCUUUCUUCAGUUGCGGAGGGGAGUUCCCUAAAUCUGUACAGCUUGCUCGGACUGCAGCUCGCGACGUUGGCGUUUUGUUCCCUGUCCAUCGAAGAAACAGUUGCGAGGUAUUGUGCUGUUAUACAUACACAUACACCAACAGAUACACUUGAAAGUUCCUAGGUGGUCGUCGAAACCCCUUCCCCAAGUCUUCGCCGGCGCUUGCCAACGUUUUGUUCUUCCAAACCGAAACACACAUGUCAAGAGACCUGUACAUAACAUAGUCUUGCCGAAGAUGUCUGGGUGAUUUCUGAAUGAGGUAGUCUGUGUGAACGCUAUAGGGAACGUGACCGCCUGUUAAGCGGAAUGGGCUUCUUUAUUUUACUACGAAACGGGUCGAAAUGUAUGGAAAGAGUGAUGCAAAAGAAGCCUUCGAAGAUGCGAGCCUCUGUUCCACAUUCUUGCCUAUGAACUUGGUGGCGUAAGUUCACUUAUGAAUCUAUCAUUACAUUCUUGAAGGAAAAUUGCCCCUUUCGGACUGAACGCAUUUGAGCAGGAAACGGGUGACACUGGUACUAACAAUGCUAAUUUGUUUUCCCACCUGUUUCUUUUCACGAAAAUGCGCACCAUAGUUGGGCAUUGUGCUACAUGCUAUGUAUGCAAUUGCACUGCCGACAAAUUUCGCUAGCUUUUCAAAACGACUGAACACGUCAUUUGUCAUAUUUCUGUUUUUUUUUCUUCUUUUCUGUUAGGCGGCCAUGUCGAUAACAAUCAAAUCUUCCGUCUGCGUCUGUUCUGGAGGAAUGCGUUUGCUUUCAGACACCGAACAGCAUCCUGGAAACGGAACCAUUUUUCCUGAUGUCUAACCCCAAUGCAUACCCCCACGUGAAUAGUCACAUACCUCAGCACUAUGCAGUCAGCAUAUAGAGCGCUAGCAAGAUAUGAAAGAUGUCUUCGCACUAUUUUUGCGUUGAAAUUAUGACUUUCGAAAUGAAUGUGUAAUGACUUCUUUUUUUCGUGCAAACUGCACAGAUAUUUAAAUAAAUUAUUCGAUACAGGCGAAUCAGGCUAAAGCGAGAAACACAGAUGGAAUCAGCAGUCCAACGAGCCCUUGUAGAGAACAUCCAGCAAAAAAAGAAAAAAGGAAAGGGAAAAGAAAACAGGUCAGAUAAUGGCUUUCUUGUUGACAAAGAUGGCUAAGAACGACGAGAUGGCGACGGCGUGUCAGCAUUUAAACCGUUCCACGUUAGUUAACCUAUAUUGAUUUUCCCCCACGUUGUCACACUUUUGAAUAGCGAGCAUUGCUAGUAGCUCAGCUGCUGGAUGAAAACAGAUAUGUGUGGAACGGCAAAUACCAAGGUGACUGCGACGACAUGGUGUCAAAGUAGAAACGCUUUUAUCGGUGUAACAAAAAUUUCCUCUUACUAUUUCACUGUCCUGCAGCGCACAUGCGUGCAGUGACAGCUGGGGUGCAGCCAUAAUAAAAAGUUGUGUUAAAAUUAGUACAAAAAAAAAAAACGGUGUCACUCUCAUUUGAAACUUUCCGGAUGUAAUAUUAUUGUAUUCUUUCUUCUUUUUGUUGAUGGUCGUGUGAUAGGUAAGUUUGCACUGAUGUAAGGCUGCUUGUUGGUAACACAGGCAUUGCAGUACGCGAGCAAAAGUGUCAUGGGACAGACCUCUCAGUAUGCACGAGGUGCGAGAUGUGGGUUAUCCGCUCAUAGAAAAAUUAGCUUUUAUUGAGCGUAUAGUGUACCCGUUCUGUCGAAAUGACUUGACUCUUGUGGAUGAAUGCUUUAGUUUUUUUCCUAUAGUACAGAAGCAAUGAAUCGAAGAAAUAAAACGUAGGCAUGGAGGAGGAUUGAGUAUUGUUCGUCUGAUGAUGAAUUGGUGGCGUUGCUUUUAAAAAUCGCUCGUGAGUCUAUCUGCUGAGUUACUAACUUGGGUCACUAGUGUUCUACACAAGGGAAGUCGUUCAGCCUUACAAUUAUAUUACGCUGGGCCGGAGUGUGUGUAUCCAACAGGCGCAGCAUCGUCGUGAUACGUACAGCGUGGAGUAUGUGCUUGUAAUGCAUGUUGUUGUUCAUGAAUGACAGUCUCACUUAAAGGUGUGGUGGUUCAAGAAAUAAGUAUACAGUCCAAAUACAACGUCUACCUCUUUGGUGUUUCAGUUAGCCGAAUAGAAUAUUUUCCGCAGCCAGGCAAGCAGGCAUGAGGUUCCCCCAUGGCACGCGAAAUUUACAUAAAAAUCAUGAAAAGGCAUACCUCUUGUUUCGCGAACAAAUGUCAAUUCUGUGCACAAUUUGCGUGACGCGGAGUAGACGCUCGAAACAGCACUUUAGAGUGACGUGCAGUCGUCGAGAUCGGAAUGCCUGUUGCCGUAACGGGGGGCCAGUGACGCGCCUCUUAUAGCAAGGGCAGUUCAGGGAAGUUUGCAUUGAUUGCUUAGCUGCCAAGUAGCUUGCCAUUUUAUAUUUCCUUGAUACACCCGUACACUGCUAAGAAAACACGAAAGCGGCCUCCGUGCGCGCCUUUUUCGCGCGUGCGACGUACGGGUUCAGGCACGCGAGCCGGCGAAAACCGAGAGAGGUUUUGAAACUCGCGGACGGCUCGGCGCGCGUCUCAUGGUCGACCAAUACCUCAGGAACACGGGUCAAGAAAUGCGCGCGACGCCGUCACACACAGACACCCUCAUUCACACCUACUUCAUCCACACACCGCCAUUCAACAGCCACUUUACGUAAUUCUUGUAGGCGACGUUUUCAAGACAGACAUUGUAGUUUUUUUAACCAAGUAAGCCUGUGAAGAGACCAAGGAUGCACGCCAUGGUGUACAUACGGCCGACACAAUUCGCAGACGCGUAAAUACGGAAGCAACAGGUUUGAACCAACUUAUAUACGUAUUAAGCCCGACUGAACGCAGCGUUAAGUCAGGGUUCGCAUCCGGUUUCUAUCGAUGCCAUCCCCGUCUCCCAUCGUAUCUCUUCAUUUGUUCUUUGCAGUAGCACAUUGUCGAAGUAGUUGCAACAGGUACAGUGUCUUCACAUUAGGUUGCAAGUGUCCUUUAUUUUUUGGCCUGCGGAUCAACCGGUGCACGAUGCAGUUAGCACUCACAAAGAGAGCCACCUUGAAGCCGCAUAGAUUUGGUUUCAGCAUAGAUAACCGUCGGGCCUGCGCCUGAAACCUCCGCCCGUUCUGUGGGUUUAUCAGCCCUGAACGCCAAGCAAGUUUCUACUACCUCAAACCCAAGUAAAGAAAUAGUAUCUUGAAGUUCCUAUGUGCAUGUAUAUGCAUCACAACAUGUAUGUACAUGUGUCGCGUAUAUAUGUAUACAUACGUAUAUGUAUAUACAGAAGCAUAUAGUAUAAGGUGUAGAAUGAUGUCGACCUCAACACUUUCCUUUCAUUUUCUUGAAGACAGCUUACGUGGUGGCCUCAGUCUCUUGAGGACGGGAGGCGGAAAACGUUGCGUACCGUCACUUUGCAUUGAUCUUGACUAUAGUUCGGGAUUUCUUUGUUUGUUUCAUAAAACUGCGUCUAGAAUGCAGCUUUGACGUUGAGUAUAAUGUCAAAACGUCUGACCGAACCGCGGGUGCUUGGAUACUGCCCGUUGCCUACAUGUUACGUUUUGAGUGGUGUUUUGUCCCACCUUCUUUUUUUUUACAUAUACAUAUAUCUUGAUCAUCACAGUGUUUGUUGUAAAUAGUCCUCAAACUUUUUUGUGGUGAGCUGAUUACACUAUAGUGUGUCUAAUAUUGGGAGGAGAACCACAGCCAUGCACCAACUAACUACAGUCAGCAGCUGAUACUCGCUCUGCUGUGAGCCUGUGAAUCAGAAGAAAAUAAAAAAAGAACAACCAGGAAGCGUUGUUUUAACGUUUCCAGAGAAGUUCAAGGACUUCACAAUUUUAGCCCCGGUCCUGAUUGUUGAUUUCUGUUGGGUAUUCAUGUUGUUUGUUGUGUAAUAUAUGCCCUACACUUGCUCGGAUGUUUCUAAGUUCAUGAUUGAAUAGUGUUUGCCCUCUGAGGUGUCCAUAUGCACUUUCAUUGUUUUGGUUGUCACUUAAAACGAAUGGUUCAAUCAGUGUCAUUGAAUACAGAAUACACUGUUUUGUUUCCUAUCACAUAUUCGAUAUCCCUCUUGUGUGAUACAAAAGAAAAAUGUUGACAAAAAUGCAUUGGUCAAGCCCUGCUCCCAUUUUAUUCUUGGCAAGGUUUUCGAUGGUUUUUCUGGGAUACGUAACCACUGCAGGUAUAUUUUUGGUAUGUCACGUAGAAGACAUAAUAACGGCGACAAUAAUGUCAGUAAUAACUACUGCGAUGCUGAGGAUGGUGAAAGGAUUCUAGGUUUUUACAUCACAGCUCAUGUAGUUGGCUUGAAGUUCUGGAAUAAACUGUCCUAUGUGAGAAAA